AUGCCCGCUGGCUGGGGCUUCCCUCGGUGGCUCAACCAAGGCACGGCCACGCUAUUACGGAGGAGCCUCUACGCCUGCGAGAAACAGCUUCGACGUCUCUCAGCCUUUGGCACCCUUCCCUCUCCCCCCCCCCUGGAUCAACCGCGUCGAGAUAGGGGAUACGCGAAGCAUUUCGAGUCGCUCGCCACCUUGGAGCAUCAGAGAAGAAAACGACAGAGAAGGAGGAAGGAGGUGGUCGUGGCGGCGGACGUUGAAAAGGCAGCAGCAGCAGCAGAAGAAGAAGAAGAGGAUUUCGAGGAGGAGCUUCGCAAGAUGGCCACGAGCACGCGAGCGACACGGUCGCGAUUCUCGAGCCCGCUCCAGCUGCCUACGGCCAACACCAACACGGGUCCGGGCCCGAGUCCUCUGGAGACGUCAAGGAGCUCGGUCAACGACGCGACGACCAAGACGUUCCUGCAGAAGUGGCUGGAACCCUCCGUGCAGAGCAAGCCGAGCUAUGAGGACCACGGACUCGUGCGGUACGGCGUCACCGAGGGCAUGGUGCCGCUUGGCGAGAUGCCCAAGUCGAUCCCCGUUGCGAAGAAGAAGGAAGGCCAGCCGGUGCGCAGGAUCAUUCUGAAGAAGAGCACGGCGCACCUCCAGGCAGCGCAGGCGACCGCGCGAGCCUCGGCCACCGCUGCCGCAUCCACGCCGACGCCGCCGGCGACCAAGACGGAAUUCGAUCGAAGGUCUUCCUCCAGCACGGCUGCAGCUGCAGAAGGGGCGGAAACGACGGCUGUCGACAGCGACGGCGCUCGUGCUGAUGCCGCCGCGUCGGUCGUGCUGGCAACCAAGCAAGAGUCUGGCUCUGGCUCCGCACCAGACAGUGUGACGCCCGCCUCCCCCUCUCCGCAACCUCACGCCCAGGAAGCAUCAGCACCUGCAGCCGCGGAAAAGCCCACGCGGCGAGCACUGCCUACCAACGAUUCGGACGACGAGCACGAUCAGAAGAGCACCGGCACCAAGACGACGACGACGCUGCGCAAUCCGCUGUCGAGGCGGAGCCUCAACAGAGUCUCUACGGGUCGACGCGCUUCCACUUCGCACCAACCCGCCGCCGUCUCGACUUCGACGCCUGUUCCUGUUCCUGCCUCUGCCUCAGCCUCAGCCUCAGCCUCCACUCCCACGCCCACGCCCACGCCCACGCCCACGCCUACCGCUGCUUCUGCCCCUGCGACAGAUCUCACGACGGCCGCUCCCGAACAGACCGUGCCUGCGAGGGAGCGCAUCGAAAGGGUCAUUGAGCAAGCGAUUCACGAGGCGCUCGACCACUGCCGCUAUCCCACGGCAUGGGCUCUGCGUACGCUCUACGACGAAAAGUCAUCCGACGCGCACUUUCUCACGCUGGUCGAGUCCAUCUUUUCUCAGACCGCCGACUCGUCGGUCGUUGACGAGUUUGCGAAGCUCAUCGAGGCGAAGAAGAGGGAAGGCAACAAGGAAAACCGAGCCCGCGAUCACUUUGGCCCACCUUCGCCAAACCCCAACGGCAUGAGCGGACAAAAAAGGAAGCGUGCACCGUACGCCAAACUCAUCACGCUCGAUCUCACCAACGCAAGACGUCCGACUUCACCUGAGCCCACACCUGCACCUGCACCUGCGGUGCCGCCUCCAGUCGUCGAGGCACCUGUGCCCGCGCCAGCCACGCCCAUUGUUGUGACGCCGUCAAAGAGGAAGCACAAAUCACGAAAGCAGCACACAGCCUCGCCGUUCAUGGCGAAACCCUCGACGACCGUCGGCGAUGGCAGUGCCCUCGUCACGCCGUCUCGGCGGCGUGCUCGUCGGGACUCUGCAGGCAGCGACUCGUCUGCUCUGUCGGAGCUUUCGGGCUCGCCCUCUCUGCCGUCGCCCACGCCUGCAGCUAUCCGUGAUCGCAACGUCGAAGCGGCUGCCGCUCCCGCGACGAGCGCCAAGAUCAUCUUCAACGAGCUGCGGCCCAGUCGACAACGCAACGCAAAGACCACAAAGAAGAUGAUCAUCGACGCACCCGACCCCUCGGCCUUGUCAUCCUCGGGCAGCCCUGCGCCUGCUGAUCCUGCCAUGUCGGACAUUCCCUCGUCGCCCCAAUUUGCUGACGCAGUUCCCGCUCGUAGGCCGGUCGGCAGGCCAGCUAAGGGCUCCAAGACGACACGAGCGGCCAAGGCCAAUGCCAAGGCGUCUGCCCAAGGAAAGAGCAACAACGAGGUCAGCGCUGUGGACGAAGCCAACACGGCCAGGCGGAGAAUGGCGCGGCUUCAGAGCAAUUUUGCCGGCGUCGACGCCCCCGAGGAGAGCUCAAUCCGCGGCGAGACGCAGAACAGCGCCAGCGCCAGCGCGAGGGCGAACGCGAACGCGAACGUGACCAGCGCCAUCGAUCCGCCCUUCUGGGACGAGCUCGAGGCCCCCGUGUCCACGCCAAUCGCGGGUUUGCCGACGCGCAAGACGCGACAGUCGGUGGCAGGGAACGCCAGCGUACCUGGCACGCAGGCCAACGGGCGGACCACGCGGUCCAACAAGAGGGGAUUCGAUGAGCUCGAGGCCUCCUCGCCGACAGCCCGUUCGUUCCCACCCGAUGUAGCCUCGAAUGUGAACUCGUCCAGAGCUGGCACGCCCGUCAGCACGCGGGCUGUCAAAAAGCAGCGCACCGGCACCGGGCUGCGUGUCAAGUCAUCGCCCAAGAAGAAGACCAUCGGCACUGCAGCAGGCGUACCGCGCCAGAGCGGAGAGGGACAUCCUUCCUCAUCUAGCGGGGCUCACUUCAAUUCGGAUGACAACGACGAUUAUUGCUCGGCGUGCGGCGGCGUAGGUGAACUCGUCUGCUGUGAACACUGCUCCCGGUCCUUCCAUUUCGAGUGCGUCGAUCUGCUCGUCGACGAGCCUCUCCCCGAUGAAUGGUUUUGUCAACGGUGCAUCGGGACGAGGUUUCCGACCCGAUCAUCGGACAAGAGGCCGGGCCAUUUCGGUGCCCUCCUGACGGUGCUUGACAAGACCAAUCCAGGGGCGUUUGAGCUGCCGCAGCACAUCCAGACCUACUUUGAAAAUGUGCGAGCUGGUCCUCAGGGGGACUAUGAGGAAGAAACCGCCGUGGUGCCCAAGGUUCCCAAGAAACGAGGUGGUUACGAGGAGGCGCCGGACUUCCACAAAGUCCGCGAUGCAGAUGGGUCGCCAGUCUUGUGCCACAACUGCCAGCAAGCCACAGCCAGCGACCGUUCCAUUAUUCCGUGCAGCAUUUGUGGUCUGCACUGGCAUCUGGACUGUCUCGACCCACCGCUCGCCAUCCCGCCGGUUCUGCGCACCUGGGUCUGCCCGGCUCACCAUGAUGAACUGCUCGCGAAGCUUCCCGGCAGCCUCGCCCCCGCCCACAAGUAUCGCAAGAUUCGCGAUGCCACGGCCAUCACCCCACUGUACAGUCGUGGCAUGAAGAACAAUGGCUUCAUCGAGGUCAUCAACGACGAGUCGGACAAUGACAGCGGAUGGAACGACGUCACCUCGUUUGGCCGUACCUACCGCCUGCCUGAGAAGGGCAUCAUCUUGGAUUUUGUUUCACAGGUUCGUCGGAGGAAACCCGCUGCUCCAGCAGCCCCCGUCGAUGAACCACGAGAGGCUGUGCCAGAGUCGCGCCCCACGAUCGGCCAGGUGUCGAUCACGGAACACCAGGCAGCGCUGAACCUGGCUCAGCUGCGCGAAUCCAACAGCGACGGCAUCUCUCUGCUCACCACAGCUCUUCUGGAUAACGCCGAUCCUGCUAUCCUGUCGCUCAUCGCCCGCGGCGACGCCACGAACCUCGCCAGCGGCAACCUGGGCCAGCGAGACCAGCAGAGCCUUCAGGCCAUGCUCGCGGAGUGCAAGGCCAUGGAAGCACGCAUCCACGCUGCGUUGGCAGGCCACAGCGCCAUGGCCGGCGAAGGCGAUGCCCUAUCCACAAAGACGGAGUCGGCCGAGGCCGAUCUUCCUACACCUGCCACGACAGCCCCAGAUCACCUCGAGUCUGCCAACGGCAAAUCCGACCAGGGCGAGGCCGGCAUCAUGGACGUCGACUAA